CCCCCUGUCCCUGGUUUGAUCCGUUACUGUAAACUGAAGCAGCAGCUUGAGGUGGGAAAAAAAAAAACAGCGUGUGAUUUCCCACUGAGGCGGGCUGGACAUUUAUUUGCGGUGUUUUACAAAAUGACCAGUAUGAAAGGGAGACGAUGCGAUGAAGGAUCUGAAAAAUCAAGUGCCGCUGGAACCUUCUCCACGGCCCAGGUCCAGGAGCUGAUCUCCAAAGAGGUCCAGUCUGCCCUGGAGCAGUCAGACAAAACGAUGAAAGCCCUGAUGGAGAGAAUACAGGAGGCUGAGAGUGAACCCAAAUACGACACCAGACUUCGGAAGCUCGAGGCACACAUCAGGAAAGUGAAGCGAAGAGGCGACUCCGUGUUUGCAGACUUACGGAAACGCAGAAGCUUGGAUGUGACCCAGGAUCAGAAUCUCAUCCCAACACCUGAGAUAAAAACAAAGGAAAAAUCCAGGACCAGUUCUGCUAACGGAGGGAUUUCAGGCUCAUCCACAUCAGGAGACGUUGCCAGUGAAGGAGGCGCAGCGAGAAAACCUAAAGAAGGCUUCUGGCAGAGUUUGCGUACGAAGAAUCAGGUUGUGGACCUGACAGAUGACGAAGAAGCAGUGUGCAGGCAAAAUGGGACCAAGAUCAUCGAUUCACCUCAAACCUCCUCACAGGACGAUGUGGACAGUAGACCGUCUCCACUGGCAGAAGCUCCUGAGAUUCCUCGUCCUCUGAUGUUGAAGAAGAAAACCCCUGAGGUUCAGGAAGCAGAGGCAUCCCUGCUGUCCAGACUUCCGCCUUUCCCUCACACUCCGUUCCCGCACCAGCUUCCCGCCGCCGCUGCCAGCAAGUCCAUGCCUCAGAAGCCCGUGGUGAAAGUGGCGGCCAUCAAAAACCCGCGAGGAAUCGCUCUGCUGUGGAAUGUGGAGGAGGAGGACCCGGACGCCGCCGCCAUGGACUGCUACUACAUCUACGUGACGCAGCAGCGCAGUGACGGAACCUUCUCCAAGUGGAAAACCAUGGGCGUUAUCAAAGCCAUGCCUCUGCCCAUGGCCUGCAGGGUGGCGGCCGGAAGCUCCAGAGACAAAACACUGUGUUUCCUCAUCAUCGGGAAAGACAUGUACGGCCGCUACGGACCCUACAGCGACGUCCACAUCGUGUGGGCCGGAGAAAUGUGAACGCCUCCUCCUUUUUUCCUCUUUUUUAUUGACUAAAGUGUCAGAGAGGCGAGCUGCUCAGCUCAGGAGAGACUUUUAAAAAUUCUCGCUGGUGGUAUUUUUUAUUUUCUUUUAUUUUUUUGCCGUCAGGUAAUUUGUUUGAUCUUGAUACAAUAAAAUGUGUUCUGAUGAAAUUCUGUACUUCCUCAGUGAAACCUGCUUUAUACGAGACCACAGCAGAACAUCUGCAGGUAGAGGAAGAUGCUCUUGUAACAGCUGGAAAAUAUGCAGGCAGGCAGGUGAGGUGUAGAGACACCAGUAUUUAUAUUAAAAAAGGAGGUUUAAUACUCGUAUGUUUCAGUGGGAGCAGUUUGGGUUAAAUACAGAUUCCUUCUGUGGGUCCAUUCGUGUUGAAAAAAACUGCCGCAGUUCUGUAAAAGGUUUAACAUUUGUACAAUUCCAAGAUUUCUUUAAAUCACAUAUGCUGCUAUCUGGACGUAAUUUUUUUUUAAUCCUAAUAAAAACAUAUAAUAGUAUUCUCCCUGAGAAGGAUACUGUGAUGUUCGUAUUCACAAUAACAUUAUUAUUAUUAUUAUUAUUAUUAUUACUGAUUCACGAAAUCAAAAUCUGUUGCAGUACCACCAGAUAAACGCUAGGGGCAGUAUUGCAGGUACAGAUGUUCUCAUUUUGGAUAAUCAGCAUUACACACUGCCUCGCUAGUUAGAGGGCAUUUUUUGUUGUUGUUGUUGUUUCUUAAGCAAGUGUACCACAUUUCCUUCUCUCUCUCUCUCUCUCUCUCUCUGUCUGUCUCCCUCUCUCUUACUGUCUCUGUCGCCCUCUAUCUCCCUCUCUGUCUCCCUCCCUCUCUCUCUCUUCCCUCCCUCUCGCUCUGUCUCUCUUUCUCCUUUUGUCUGUCUCCCUCCGCUUUAAAAGAGUUGUAUGAAGAUUUCUUAAUAAAAUUUUAUUUUUUCCA